GCAUUUGCUAUAGCCAACCAUACGCACGCCAGGUCGUGCCCAUACGCGGACAAGAUGGCAGAUAAUGGCACCGACGCGAGUUACAUUCCUUUGACAGGACUCUCGCUCGCAAUCGUUGUAUCCUCUUUAAUAUGCCUGGUCCUAUCGGUGACCGCCGUAGGAAUAAGGACAUACGUGCGACUCGCAGACAAGUUAUUUGGCCUGGAUGAUAGCUUGGUACUGGCUGGAACACUCGUCUACGUUGUCGAUGUGGGUCUGGCCUGCGACGCCGCCUUUAUGGGCGUCGGCCAACCCGACUCCAAACAGAACGCCUUCUUCGCUGAGGAGAGUAAAAAAUACUUUACGAUAUGGAUUCUAGUCUACGUCAUCGGCCUUGCCACUAUCAAGAGCUCCAUCUGCGUCACCAUGGCACGCAUUGCCGAUACGCAAACUUUGUACCGAGUUGCCGUCUAUGUCCUGCUCGGUAUCACCUGGACCUCGUUUUUAGUCACGUUCAUCGGUGUCUUGGUUUUCUGCAGGCCAAUAGAGGGGAACUGGAAGGCGUCCUUGGUUCUGUCCGGAGAAGCUACCUGUGCGUCCAUGGAGACCAUGAUUGGACUCAGUCAGACCGCAACGGGAACGACAAUUGUGACGGACUUGGCCUGCGCCAUAUUGCCAGGCCUCAUAUUGUGGAAAACACAGAUGAAUUUGCGGCACAAGCUGGCCGUGUUCGCCCUCUUGUCCUUUGCUUCAACGGCGUCUAUUAUGACCAUGAUUCGCGCACCCUAUAUCAAUCACUACAAUAACCCUGAGGACAAUCUCAUGUUCUGGGUCGGCCACAUCGUGCUCUUUUCCAACAUCGAAACUGGCAUCGGCUGUGUCGCGAGCUCCAUCCCUGCCGUCCGCAGCUUCAUCCUGCGCAAGAAUAAACCGACAGAAAGCACGGACCAGACCCCCUCGAGCCGUCCCAAGUCGCUCGUCACAUUCGGCAGCGCCCCCAUUGCAAGGGGGCAGAAUAAAUCUCGUGACCGGUUCCGUAACUCGACUGACAAGGGAUUGAGCUUCGCCACUGUGCACCACAAUCAGAGAGAUUGGGAGCGUCUGCAUGACGGGGACUCGGAUAAGGCGAUGCUGGGCGAGGAUGAGGUGCCUAGUAAUGAGGUUGGAGCUCAUACGAAUACGAUUGAGCUGUCGAAUUCGCCUGAGCAUGGGAAUACGCUUUAUGCUAGUAGCAGACAGGAAUAACGACUCUGUUCGGCACAGGGGAAAGCGCUCUGUCCAAUCAACUUGGUCAUAGUCCACAUAGCUGGGUAACCAACGGAACUUAACUGCCCCCUUAGUAGUAAUUAUAACCCGUCUUCGAGAGAACAAUACGCCUAAGCUGUGGAAACAAAACGAGU